CUGAGGAGGGGCUCGUUUGGUGGAAAUCUAUCUGCGUGAGGGUGGAAGAGUAGCAGAAUAUUGAAUGCAAACAUGCAUAAUUGACCAAUGGAGUUAAUGGGGCUGAUGGGGGCAAAAAGAUGGCAUCUUUUCAUUUGGUUGCGGUCAGAGGCCGGUGAGAGAGGGGAGAGAGGAGCAGUACAGUUGAAAGGGAAGGGUGCUUGCACAGCAAGAUCUGUUUUUAAGCUGGAUGUUCAGUUUUGAAUCAGAGUUCUUUGAAUCACUGUAUGCUUCUUGUUCUUCUCUGGUGUGAUAAUGGAUUAUGGGUUGAUCUCUCUAUGAAUCUCGAGUAAAGGAAAGGGCUUUGCUUGAACGAAAGCCAUCUGCUUUUCUAUGAACCUCUUUUCCUUUUCUACUCGUCUUCUCUUUUUCUUUUGAUGGGAGGAAAUUCAAUCUAUAUGGAGCUGUCUCUUCUCUUUUGGGAACUCGUCAAUGGGAAUCUCUAGUUACAGGAUUUGUGAAAAGCAAAAGCCGUCGACGUUAGGGUUUUAUCUUCUUUCGUUUCCCUCUUCGUCAGUUUGAGUUCUGCAGAGCUAAAUCUCCCGCCUUUCUUACUAUAUCUGAGCUACGAGGGUUUUUUUCCCUGUUUCGUCUGUGAUAGGCAUGCAUCUAUCUCUAUGGAAGCCCAUAUCGCACUGUGCUGCCUUGUUCCUAGACAAGAAGAGGACCCCAUGGAAAAGCGGCGGCGGCGGCUCUGACGACUCCGGUAAGAAGCGGAGACCCUCGAUUCUCCGGCAGCUUCAAGAGAACAAGCUUCGGGAGGCUCUCGAAGAAGCUUCGGAGAACGGCUCCCUUUUCAAAUCACAGGAUGUGGAUGCCGACGCCGGGGCCGGUGAGGCGGAUGAAUCCAUUGGUCGGUCGAGAUCCCUUGCUCGCCUUUACGCGCAGAAGGAGUUCCUCCGCGCGACCGCCCGUGUGGUCGACCGCAACUUCGAGUCCUUCGAUGCCAUCCCUGAGCUUCAGGAAUGCUACGACAAGUUCGUCUCCAUGUACGCUGAUUACCACUCCUCGGAGCGUGUCGAUCAGCUUCGAACCGACGAGUACAGUCACCUUGAAGAUGAUGGUGCCAAAGUAUGCCUCGACUACUGUGGCUUCGGCCUCUUCUCCUAUCUCCAGAGCUUCCAUCAAUGGGACUCUUCUGCUUUUAGCCUCUCUGAGAUCACUGCAAAUUUGAGCAACCAUGCACUCUAUGGCGGUGCUGAGAAAUUCACAGCAGAGAAUGAUAUCAAAGCUCGAAUUUUGGAAUAUUUAAACAUUCCUGAGAAUGAGUAUGGACUUGUUUUUACUGUCAGUAGAGGCUCAGCGUUUAAAUUGCUCUCAGAAUCUUAUCCUUUUCAGACUAACAAGAAGCUGCUGACUAUGUUUGAUCAUGAGAGCCAGUCUGUAAUUUGGAUGGCACAGAGGGCCAGAGAGAAGGGGGCAAAAACUUAUAAUGCAAGUUUCAAGUGGCCUUCACUGAAGUUGUAUAAUUCUGAGCUGAGGAAAAGGAUAUCGAGCAAGAAGAGGAGGAAGAGGGACUCGGCGGUGGGGCUUUUCGUGUUCCCGGUGCAGUCCAGGGUCAGUGGAGUGAAGUAUCCAUAUCAGUGGAUGGCCAUGGCACAACAGAACAAUUGGCAUGUGUUGCUUGAUGCUGGAGCUUUAGGUCCCAAGGAUAUGGAUUCCCUGGGAUUGUCACUUUACAGACCUGAUUUCAUAAUAACUUCAUUCUACAGGGUGUUUGGAUCAGACCCUACUGGUUUUGGCUGCCUGCUUAUCAAGAAAUCGAUCAUCGGUUGCUUGCAGAAUCCGAAUGGUGGCACUGGGAGUGGAAUGGUGAGGAUUUCACCUGUUUUUGCACAGUAUUUGAGUGAUUCUGUCGAUGGUUUAGCUGGUUUUGAUGCAACAGAGAAGGACCGGCUUGAUGAUAAUGAGGAAUCAGUGAUGCCUGGUACCAGCCAUGUAUCCCAAAUGCCUGCUUUCUCUGGUGCAUUUACAUCGGCUCAAGUUAGGAAUGUGGUUGAGACCGAGAUGGAUCUGGAUAAUAGCUCUGACAGGGAUGGAGCCAGCAUCAUCUUUGAAGAAACUGAGAGUGUUUCAGUUGGAGAGUUGAUGAAGAGCCCGAUUUUCAGUGAAGAUGAGUCAUCUGAUAAUUCCCUCUGGAUUGAUUUGGGCCAUAGCCCCUUUCGUUCGGAGAAUUCUGGUCGCGUCAAUGGAGGCAAUCUGCCUUCUCCAAUACCGCCUUCAUGGUUUUCUGGAAGGAAGAAUCAUAAGAGUCUAUCACCGCAGGUACCUUCAAUGAAGAAGUCAAUGUAUGAAGAUCAAGUUCUCUCUUUUGAUGCUGCAAUCUUAUCAGUUUCACAUGAUCUUACCAGUGAGAUUCAUGAAGAGCCUGAUAUUGGGAUUGCAGGAGAGGAGGCAAGGAAGUUUUCAUUUGCUAAUGGAGGGAAGACUAACAACUCAACUUCAGCCAUUGGAAUUCGCAACUUGUAUGAAAAUGAUUCAACAUCUGAAAUAUGCCCGGAAGGCAUAAUGGAAAUGAAAGAAAGAGCAAUUAGAAGGGAGACUGAAUGUGAAUUCAGGUUAUUAGAGAGGAGGGAAGGAAACAAUACCCGGUUCGAUGGUGGAAGAUUCUUUGGCAUGGAAGACAAGGAACGUGUUGUAAGCAUGGGCCGUCGAGUUUCCUUCAUCAUGGAAGAUGCCAAACCUACUGAAACCUUCACACAUAAUCUAGGUGAUGAUGAUGCUUCCAGUGGUGGUGACUAUGAGGAUUGGGAAAGAAGAGAGCCUGAAAUAGUUUGUAGGCACAUUGACCAUAUUAAUAUGAUGGGGCUAAGCAAAACCACCUCGCGACUCCGAUAUCUCGUCAAUUGGCUCGUAACCGCAUUGCUCCAUCUGCGGUUACCAUCGUCGGAUGGUAAAGAAGGGAUGCCACUUGUCCGAAUCUAUGGGCCGAAGAUCAAAUACGAGAGGGGUGCAGCUGUGGCUUUUAAUGUCAUGGAUAGAGGUGGAGGGAUGAUUCACCCUGAAACUGUCCAGAAGCUGGCUGAAAGAAAUGGGAUCUCUUUAGGCAUUGGUUUUCUUAGCCACAUAAGGCUUAUGGACAGUCAGAAAGCACUUCAUGGUGCAGUUGAACUGAAAGAUCCUUCAUUGUGUAGGCAGAUAUCGAGUGGUAAAAAUGCCACUAUCAGUGUUGUGGUUGUUACUGCAUCUCUUGGUUUUCUAACAAAUUUUGUAGAUGUCUACAAGAUGUGGGCUUUUUUGGCUAGGUUCCUUGAUCCAGUAUUUGCUGAAAGUGGUAGCUUAUCCGCCAUUGCUGAGAUCUCAUAGAACUAGAAAGUAUAUCAGACAAUCUCGGCCUCCGGUGAUGCCGAAACAUGGCCAUUAAGUGUUGCAGAAGUUUGCUUGGAUGAUGCAGAGACCAAGUUGGAUUCUGAACUAGAAUUUGGUUUGUAUCUUUGCAUCAUCGCUCGAGUUC